UCAAAAAAGAAACGUGUGGUGGCUCUUCGUCGCACACGUGCUCCGUGCGUUGAAUGAACCUCGAGCUUUCGGCAAGGAAGUCCUGCAGAGGCAGCGAGGGCCGAGCGAGGCAUUUGGUGUGAUGCCGCUGGUUAAAAUAUGGAGCGCAGACCUCUCGGUGCGAAAAGUAGGAAAUGUGAGAACGAUGAGCGACGUUCUAACACUUGCUAAAGAAAAAGACGUAUGCACUUCAGAGAAGUCUAAGGUGUUUCUGCAAGAUUGGACUGAACUUGAUGAUGAUGAAUUUGGUGAACUGCUUUUGGAACUGCCAUUCGAACAAAGAGUGUUCAUUGUGGCAGAAAAACCUCCAUGCAAAGCGGUUGAGGAAACACAAGCAGGUACAUCUGCCAUGCAGCAAAAAAGGCUCUCAGUUCAACAACAGCCCGAACUGGAGACAACCAGUUUUAUUUUACAACUGGAAUUCCCACGCAGCGCACAGGAUGCAUUAGCAGCGGGGAAAACACUAAUGACCAGGGACCGGCUAGAGCUUGUCAGGGUUGUCGUAAACGGCUUAAUGCGAAAGUCAUCGCGGCCCUCGAGAGACUGCGCCAGGUGUGUGGCCGAAGGACUUGUAAAGAUGUUUCCGGCAUCACUAGAGGAUCGAGGGAUUGACGGACAGAAGAUGGGCACAGGGUAUGAUUCGCUUCUCUAUCAACUAGAAAACCGGAUAGAAAACCUAAGCCGGGGAAAGCGGUUGUCAGCUCGUGAAGCAGAAGAAUCUCGCCCAAAGAGAAAAAGUUCUAAAUCCUCGUAUGGCUGCUUGAAUUGGCAACUCCAGUUGUCGGGCGAGGGAGACAUCCAUGACUCAAAUGAAAGCAAGGAGUGGAUGAAGAGAGAAGCGCACAAGGCAACGAAGGACCUCGAUUUGUCCCGGGCAAUGGAACUUUCAACAGCUACGUAUGGCGAUCAAAGAGCAUAUAUCAACAGUGUGGAUCCCAUACACUCUGCGAGGGACGUGAAGGAGGAGUGGCCUCUCCUUUUUCAUAAACCCAUGUUUUAUGCACAUGUGAAGACCCUGCUGGGAAAGGACAUGCUUGAAACUUUUGCUGAAGGACUGAAGCUAUGCACUGCGCUGUUAGGCAGGCACUUUGUAAAGAGCCCAAACAGGGAGCUUUUGUUUUGGUCUGUCCAAGCAGAAGAGGCAGAGAAGCGUGGCGAGGUCAUGGCAAAAGAAAAAGUGCUACUGCCACAAUUGGCAUGCUAUUUCAAAGAAAAGACUGAAAUCCUGGUGCAGGUACUUGAGGAAGGAAAUAGCAUUACAGACCAGCUGCCCUCCCUUCCAUGCACCCCCAUGGUGGUUGCUGUCGGAAGCAUUUUCAGUCGAAGCUGCUUGGUGGUAGUUGAGCAGCAAAUUUUGUUCGAUGAACCAGUUGAGUUCCACGAGGCGGCAUGCCUUCGUUUUUGUGCUUAUUACGUCCUCAACAUGGUCUACCCGAGAGAUGUAGAGGCAACACUGGAGUUCAUCCAGAGGCAGAUCUGCGGCAUCAACCCUCCAAAGGGUAGCAAAAGAGACAGCUACAGACGGGGCCUGGUGCAUCCAAAAAUUUUGCGCCUUAUGAAGGACGUGAAGUGAGAACCUUCGGCAAGCCACAAAGAAAGUGUGCAUACAGCAGCCUUUUUUUUUUAAUAGUAAAGUACCAAAGUUUUGUGGGCAAUAAGGUAUUCAGCUUCCACAUAUGCAUCUCAGCCACAAAGAAAGUGUGCAUACAGCAGCCUUUUUUUUUUAAUACUAAAGUACCAAAGUUUUGUGGGCAAAAAGGUAUUCAGCUUCCACAUAUGCAUCUCAGCCACAAAGAAAGUGUGCAUACAGCAGCCUUUUUUUUUUUUAAUACUAAAGUACCAAAGUUUUGUGGGCAAUAAGGUAUUCAGCUUCCACAUAUGCAUCUCAGCCACAAAGAAAGUGUGCAUACAGCAGCCUUUUUUUUUUAAUACUAAAGUACCAAAGUUUUGUGGGCAAUAAGGUAUUCAGCUUCCAGAUACGCAUCUCAGGGUGCCCUUGCAUGCACUAUAAAGGUAUCCAGGAGGUCUAUAAUUGAAGGACAACAAAAACACAAGCAUGGAGGAGCCUCUAGUCAGUACAAGGGCAAACAUAUUUUUAUAUUUCUUCAAUUUUAAAGCCAGUCAUACCAUCCAAUAAAGGUAUUGUUUCAAGACUUC